AUGAGCGUCAGCGUAUCCAACUACCAAGCCGUGGUGCAGGUCAUCGAAAAGUACUACGUCGAAGGGGGUCGCACGGGCGAUGAAUCCUUCCUCGAACACGCCUUCCACCCCGACGCCAUCAUGUAUGGCUACCAACCCGAUGGAGCCAGGGCUGAGGGAUCAUGGAAGCAACUGAUCGACUACUCGAAAAAGUUUGGCGGGUCGCCAAAUAUCAAAACCCGCACAGAUGUCGUUGCAAUUACUCCCGAGACGGCUGUUGUCAAGCUGGAGAUGGAGAACUCCCCGGAUGGAUCUACGUACACGGAUUUCCACACUCUGAUGAAGUUUGACGGCGAGUGGAAGAUUAUUGCAAAGAAUAGAAGAUGUAUGUCGAAUCAGCUGAGUCAGCUUUUGGUGAUGCACCUCGCCCUCGCCACUACGAAUAAGUCCGACUCCGGUUUCACUAAAGUUCGGACCGGUGCCGCACAUACAGUCGAUCAACAGACCAAAUGUUUCUUGUCGAGGAACAUCGGGUACAUCGGUUUAGGCACGUGA